AUGAAAGGUGGGCCUUGCUGCAAUGUACCAACCCACGGCCUGUCACCUCCCUAUCCGCAGCGGUCAGCGAGAACAGUGACGUCUUUGCAGGAGGUCUUCUGCAAUAUGCAGACUUCGCAGAGUGAUGACGACCGGUACAAUAAUGCCGAGAAGGGAAACGCAAACAGAUCCCUGGUCCCUUAUGCGUCUCUGAGCCAAUGCUAUGGCGAAAUCGGCGUACUUCCAUAUGGGAGCAGAUGCAGUGCGACAUUCGAAGCUGUGAGAAGAGCGAAACCAUCUGAUUACAUGAAGUACCUGUGUGGGCCAGGAGUGAGUCUUCCAAUACCUCUAGGAUUAGCAGUGGUCGUCGUGCAUGAUCAGGGCCCUGUCUGGAGGCUGCUACUCUUGCCUUCGCUUGCCAUGAAUCAAGUCAUCUACGAAGAUUCUCGCACGCGCGAACGGGGUAAGGACAACGAGCACGGAGCCCUGCGAUAUCAGUCUUGCUAUUUUGCAAACGUGCUGAUGUCUAUCCGCUAA